AGCUUAAAGUCCACCAUAAAAACAAGCGGCAAUAUUAUACGAUAGCACCAACGGUCUUGAUUUCCAAGAGCAGAUAUCAAGUGUGUCCUCGUUCCCAGAUAAUCAUUAUUAUCGAGAAGCGCUUCCGGCUUGCCUGAGCUGCUUCCGCUUCCCUUCGUUGGCCGUGGAACGACGUCUGCGAAUUUCCUCUGAAGCAGAUCUUAUUAAUCAAUUUGUAAGCUUUGCUACCCCACUUCGCUUCUUUCAGCUCUCUUAUUUUACAGUGUAGCAAUUUGAGAUGGGUCACGAAGAUGAGGCUGCUGAAAUUGAUAGCUUGGAGAAAGGUCUGUUGUCAGAUACUGGUUCUCGUCAGGACAAUGGAGCUGAAGAUGAAUCAGUGCUCUAUACGGCAUCGUUUGAUGCGAUGGAAGAGAAAUUUGUCAAGUACCAAACAGCUCAAUGGGUUCUUUACUCUUUGCUUUUGAUAUUGGCUUGGGGAUUGGGCUUGUUUAUGUUGCUUUAUUUACCAGUUAGGAGAUACAUACUGCGCAAGGAUAUUAAAUCACGAAAGCUUUAUCUUACGCCAGACUCCAUUGUGUACAAGGUUACAAGGCCCGUCCCAUUUCCAUGUUUUGGGGUAUUGAAGAAAGAGAAGCAUAUUCUGUUACCUUCAGUAGCUGAUAUUGUUAUUGAACAAGCCUUGAAUGUGAUCUCAGGAUACCUACAGUCUCUUUUUGGCGUCUACUCACUUAGAAUAGAGAAUGUUGGUAUAAGAAGGCCACCGAGUGAUGAUGUUCAAAUCCAGGGAAUUGCAAAUCCAAGUGCUUUCAGAAAGGCUGUUUUGAUGCGCCUGUCAACUCUGAGGAAUGAGGCUUUCUCCAGACAAGUUUCCACAACUGAAGAUGUCCCAAGUUUGGCGCUGCAUAUGUCACCAUCAAAAUCUUUGAGGCAGGAUCCUUUAUCUCGUUCAGGAGAGCUAUUUUUACUGCAAAAGCUAGAGGAGGUUGGCAAUUCUGUCAAGAGAGUUCAGACCUUAAUUGAGAAGCAACGACCUCAAACAUCAGAGCUGAUAGAAUGAGCACGUAAAUUGAAAAAUGCACAGAUACAAGAUAUGGCAUAGUGUUCUUUCAUACUUAUUGAUGUAGCACUCUCAAAUCGAUACACUAUAUCUGCACAUUAUGAGCAAUUCAGGAGUUGACAAUCCCAAAAACGAUUCAUUGUUGGGUCCUAAUGAGUGAAAUUUGUUCCCGCUUUUUGGCUGCUGGGUGGUGCCAAGACUGAUUCCCCCAAUUCCAAUUGGUGGUCAUUUUGAUUUACUCGAUUGAAUUUGACCAUUUACAAGUAUAGAAAAGAGUAAUCCGUGUAAAUUUCUUCUCUUUUUUUUAUUUUUUUAUUUUUAUUUUUUGUUUUGUGGCUUUUGGCACCAAUGGCCCAUGCAGCACUAACACCAUUUGGAGCUUGUAAACGGUGCGACAUCGUCCAAAAUCUGUGACUUUUUAACUGCUAAAUUAUAUACUAGAAAAAGAAUUUUCAUUC